AUGGCCAGUUUCACCGGUAUCACUGCGGUUGCCAACGCAACCAACGAUAUGGCUACAUUCAAACAAGCGAUGAAGGACGUCGCUGCUCAUCCAGAAUGGCUAAGCUCCAGACAAAUUGAACGUCAACGUUGGAAUCCGUAUUCCAUGGAAGGUGGAUCCACUUGUGCCAUCUCUGGAGAAAACUUUGCCAUCGUGGCAAGUGAUACAAGAAUGACGCAGAACGAUAUCAACAUUCUGACCCGUGACGCGGAGAAGAUUCAUGUCUUGAAUGACUCGAUUAUUCUCACCACUUCUGGUUUCUAUGGAGAUGUUCUCCAACUCAAGAAGGUGCUCCAAUCUCGUCUCCAUAAAUAUCGUUUUGACUACCGUGCGGAUAUGUCCGUUGAUCUCUGCGCUGAGUUGCUCUCCCGUAACUUGUAUUACCGUCGUUUCUUCCCAUACUACACUGGUGCUAUCCUUGCCGGUAUCGAUGAGAACGGAAAGGGAGCCGUAUUUAGUUACGACCCAAUUGGAUGCAUCGAAAGACUUACUUACUCUGCCAGUGGAGCCGCAGAGCCAAUGAUCAUCCCAUUCUUGGAUUGCCAGAUAGGACACGUUACCCUUGCUGAAGGAUACGAACGCCCGCAGCUCACACUCGAAAGAGCAAUUUCAUUGAUGAAGGAUUCUUUCCGAGGAGCCGCUGAACGUGAAAUUUCGACAGGAGACAAAAUUCACUUGGUGAUUGCUGAAACCGGAAAGCCAGUUGUCCAAAAAUUCCUUCCACUUCGUGAAGAUUAA